AUGGCAUCUCAGAUUCGUUCUCUAUUCGAUAAUCCAAAGUCUGCUGAUAUCAUGUUACGCGUAGAUGGAAAAAUUUAUCAUGGACAUACUUGUAUCAUGAUUGCCACCUCCGCGUAUUUGGCUCAUAAGUUCAGAGUACCUGAAUUAUCAGAUCAUUGUGAAAAUUUGUUGACUCAAAUGUGGGAUAGAAGGAUGUGGAGAAUAACUUUAAAGGUUAGCAAAUGGUUAAGAUUAAAUAAUUUAAGACAAGAAAUUUUGAAGUUCUUAUGGUCAAAAGGUGUAGAUAAAUUAUUUAAUUCACGUAUAUCAAAAUUCAUUGAAGAAGGGGAUAUCAAAGAAAUUAUUAAAUUAGCUGAAAAUGAAAAAGAAAGAAUUUUAACUUCGGUUAAAGAAGAACAACAACAGCAGCAGGAAACACCGGAUGAUGAAAAUAUGCAAGAUUAUUAUCAACAACGAAAUGAGCGAAAGAAAACUAUUAUGAAAACUACUAUGAAGAAUCGAGAAUUAAAUAAUCGAGAGGAAAAUCAAAAGGGAAAUCAGGAGGGAGUAGUAGUAAAUAAAAGAAGAAUGGAUAAAGAUAAUAUUGUUUCAGAUUAUGACGAAAACGAAAAAUUAUUACAAAUUAAAAAAAGAAAUAAUUUUAUUCCUGAAAUUCCUAAUUGUAGACCACCUGGUGGAUUAAAAAGAAAUUUAUCAGAAUUAUCAGAUAGUUGUUAUGGAGCUCAAUCCAAGAAGCGAGAUUUUCCUAAUAAAAAAUUUCCAAAUUUAAUAAAAUCUAUUAAAGGUUUUAGUAAUAAGAAAGAUAAAAUUUAUUGUCAAAAUCCUGAAUGUAGCAAAAUUAUUUCAGGAGGGGGAACGACAGUUCUUAAUUUUUGUAGCAAUAAUUGUCAAUUAUCAGUUGAUAAUGAUUUUUUUGAUCGACGCCAACAAAUAGAUAGUUAUUCUGGUACUAAUAAUGAUAGAUUUAAUUCUAAUGGUUUGAAUGGUUUGAAUAAUUCAAAUAGAAGAUUAUUUUCUUCAACAUCGUCAUCAUCAAGACAAUCAACAAUAUUUAAUAAUCAUAUAAAUGAAGAUGAUGAAAAUGAUUCAUCAAAAGUUACAUGCCCAAAUUGUACAUAUUAUAUUCGAGACGGAAGAACAGCAUGUGAAAUCUGUGGUACAUCUGUUAGAAAGGGAAUCUUUGAUAAAAAGAAAAAGAAGAUUAAUAAAUUUAUGGAAGAUGAUGAUCUUUAUUUUAAACCGAAAAUUAUCGAUAGUAAUAAUUCUGAUAAUAAAUCUAAUAGUAAUAGUAAUAAAUCUAGUAAUAAAAGUUUUGGUAAUAAUCGUUUAACAAAAAGUUCAAAAAGUAAAACAAAAAGUACAUCAAAUUUAAAUAAUUCAAAAAUUCAAAUAUUUGGAGAUCAAAUUCAAUGUCCAAUAUGUUUUUACUUAAAUCACAAUUUAAUGAAUAAAUGUGAAAUUUGUUAUUCUGAAUUGAAUCCAGUUGAUGAUAAUGAUUUUUCAUGGAUUGCAGAUAUUGAAGAAAGUUUCAAAGUUGAAUGUCCAACAUGUUCAUAUUCAAAUAAUCCUAAUGCCGCACAAUGUGAAAUGUGUUAUUCACCCAUAGAUGAAAAAGAGUUUAAAGAUUUAACGGAAUCCGUUCAAUGUCCUACUUGUACAUUUAUUAAUAAUUCAUCAUUAAUAACUUGUGAAAUAUGUAAUGUAGAAUUACCUGGUGGAGCUGAAUUAAAAAGAAUAUAUAUUGAACUUUAUACUAAUACUACUCGAAUGAUGAUUUUAAAUAAAGAUGAUCCUGAUUAUAUUGCAAUUUCGCAAAGAUUUUUAGUUGGACUUCCUCGAGCAAGAAUUAAUGCCAUUCUACGUUUACAAAUGCCAAAAAAACUUGUUGAUGCACAUGAACAAUAUAAGCAACAAACUGGAUUUCCUACUCAUCAAAUGUUUCAUGGAACUAAUGUGAGAUGUAACCCGGAACGUUAUUAUGGUCAACCUGGAUGGGAAUAUUGUAAAGACAAUUGUGGACUUUGUGGAAUAAGUCAAUAUGGAAUGUGGUUUGCGAGGCAUUCUUCAGUAUCUUUAGGAUAUUGUGGUAACGUAGCCAUCAAAGCUAUGUUCUCGGUUGAUAUUGUUUCUCAAACUGCACAAAAUAUUAUAAUUGUUGAUAAAGAAGCUGUAAUUAUUUUAUUGUUGUUACAUCUUGUUUCGAUGGAUAAUAGUAUAAAUGAUAAAAGAAUAAAAGAGACUUGCAAAGAAGAAAGAAAAUAUAGAAAAAAGAAAUAA